AUGCCUUCCACGGACACCAACGGGCCCUCAGCCUCACCCCCAUCCGAAGAAUCAGCCGAAGCCGAAGCCGAGCCGGCUCUUCACUCGAGCUCGUCCUUCCUCGCCGCCCAAGCCGAACUCGAAGAAGAGCGCGAAGUCGAAGAAAUUGGCGAACGUCUCAAGGCUCAGAAGAAACUCGAGGCGAAAAUUCAAGGUCAACUCGAAGCUUGGGAUGGGGAGGAGACGAGGGAGAGGAUGAUCAGGAGGAUAUUGCAGGAUCAGUAUAAGCCUUUGAGGGUCAAGGUGAGUCAUAACGGUCUAAAAUUGGCGCUGUGCAAUUGAAUAGAGUGCUUUUUCGGUCACGAGCAGGGACACAAGAAAUCGAUUACCGGUGCGCCGGCAGUCGUUCAUCCUUCCGUGUUCGCUUCCGAGAACCCGUCCUCCAACUUGAUCCCGACUGGCACGACCCCGAACCAAGAGGAUGCCCCCACAUCUCGGCCGAAGAAACCCUGGGAAUACGAAUACAAAGCCCCCGCCUCGCACGGGACGUCGUACACGCACCCUCAAUCUACACGUUCCUCGCUGCUGAUCCGGACCGGUCCUUCCAAGACGACGCCAUCGCAACGCCUUGCUUCAGCACGCGAGAAAACGAUGGAUUAUACGUUUGGAGUGGGCUUCAGUUCCCCCGAGGGUGGUAGAACGCGAGUGAUGGUCCCUUCGUUCGACGCCGAAUUCGGAGCGGCUUCAACUAAAAAAGGUGGAGAUAGCCUUCGGGCUUGGGAAGGCUUCGUGGAGGAUAAGGUCAAUCAAGCGAUUCGGAAUGGGUUGUUCAAGGAUUUGAAAGGUCGUGGCAAACCAUUGAAGGUCGACGAGGCGGAGAGUAAUCCUUUUUUACCUAUUGAGGAUCGAUUGAUUAAUCGUGUGGUGAAAGGGCAAGGGGCGAUGCCACCUUGGAUUGAGAUGCAGCAAGGUCGGUCAGAACGGCAAGGGAUCCGAGGGGGAAUUCGUUUGGACUGAAUUGAUUCUGUGAUUUGUGACAGAAUUGCAACUCAACCUUUCGGCCUUCCGGAAUGAACUUCGAUCUGCGUACACGCGGCGAGUGACUCGCAUGCUCUCCCUUCCUGGAAACUUGUCCCGCUCGAGCGUGGCGAGUGUGCUCAAUGAUAGUCAUCGUGACGUUGAAUGGGAAGAAAGGGAACGAUCUUACCACCUCGCUUCGAUCGGUUCUCUGAACGCGCUCACGAGGCGCUUCAACAUCGUGGCGCCUUACACCGCUCGACGAGGUUUACUCGACCUCGAAAGGGAAUUGGAAGCUUGUCGGAGGUAUUGCAAGCCUUGGAUCGCGGACGAGUUGGUCAAACGGAUCGAAGGCAGGUCAGAGAUGGUUCUGAAGGGGGAAGAAGGUGGGGGUAAGGGGUUGGGCAGGCAAGAGGGUGGGCAGGUGAAGGAUCGGGGAAAGGUCGAGGAAAGGUUUUGGCCAGCGCUGAGGAGAGGGGUCUGGGAGUUGCUGGGGAUUGGGGGCGCUGCGAAGCAGGGGGAACCCCAAAAGUAG